CUUUAAAUGUUUGAACAUGAUAAUUGUUUAGUUUUGCAUAAAUCAAGAAAAUACAGAUUUAAAACACAAGGGAAGAAAAGCAAUGAAAGUCUUUUGUGUUUUAGGUGACCGGAAUGAGAAGAUGAAAAAUCAAAUUAAGCAGAUGAUGGAUGUCUCUCGGACACAGACUGCAAUAUCGGUAGCUGAAGAGGAUCUAAAACGAUUACAACUUAAGCUAAGAGCCUCCAUGUCCACUAAAUGUAACCUGGAAGACCAGAUAAAGAAAUUGGAAGAUGACCACAACUCACUGCUAUCUGCCAAAGAUGGACUGGAAGAUGAGUUCAGAACCCUGAGGCAGAAAGGGGAGAUUCUGAAUGAACUAUAUCAACAGAAGGAGAUGGCUUUGCAAAAGUAAGAUUUUCAUCAUUUA